AACGUAGCUCGGGUUCAGUCAUAGUCUACUGAUUCGGAUUGCUCCCAGACCCAGGACACUGAGCGCGCGGACAGAUGCAUGGCAAUAGUCACCAUUGCGGUUUCAGCCUUGCUGGAAGUUUCCGUAUUUCGCAGCGACUAUGCACGUAUGCUCACCUUUCCUGUGAGCGACCAAUGGCAACGUCCACGACGAUGAAGACAAGCGAGAAUGAAAGCCUCCGCAACGCCAUCGGUUUCGGUGUCUAGCCGGCUAAGCUCUGUACGGGCAGAUCUACACCAUCCUCGUGGAUCAGCAGCCUUGUCUCGACUUGUGCCGCACGGAAUCAUACUGCAACUCAGCCGUAGCCUGAGCAGCGUUGGCGCAUAUAGCCCUCCAGUUUGCCCUCCUAACACUCCUUUAUCUUAGCAUCUGCAAUCAUUACUCUCUUUACAUCUAUCUUGCCAUUCAAAUUAAGACUUCGUCGUUAUGCUCGGCUUAUUCACAGUCGUGACUCUUGCGGCGUGUGUUGCCGCCGCGUCGACCAGUCAAGAGGCAGAUAUCUACAUCAACUGGAACGCAACUGACCUUCCGCUUACCAACUCGACCGGUUAUUAUGUUCUCUGCAAGAACUGCUCGGUUGUUGGCGACAUUGCCUUCUCAGGAGAUUCUAGCUUCUCCGCGUUGCCUUUUGACUUUGGUGACACAAGAGCCUGGGUUGCCGCUGUUGUAAAGAGCUUCCAUGCGGUAAUCGAGCUGCAAUUCGUCAUCUCCGAUCCAGAUGCUUCAACGGCAUUCGCCGUCCAACUUGGCAACCCCUUGUCGCCAACGCUUGCCGGAUUUGGUCUUACUAGCGAGUUCUUCGGUAUUGGCGUCGACCUGAGCGUGGUGUCGUCCCUCCUGGGAUACGUUAACGCUACCUCUCCGGUCAACUUCACCUAUGGCUUCGAAUACGAGAUCACGAUUAGGAACGGGACAGACGCUGCAAGCCCCGCUAUUUGGCUACCGAUACUCAACAUGGCAAACGCCACAGUUGUAGGCUUCAACGCAUCCGCCAUCACACCAACUAAAUACUCAUCCCCGGAUCCGAACGACAACUUCGACUUUCAGAUUCAGUUCGGGCCUUCGUUCUUCCUACAAGGAGAUUUUUUGGGUCACGAGGUUGCUGGGGCUGGCAUAUGGGCGCCUGUCAUCAGCGAGGACGUCACAGUCUCGCAGGCGGUCAACGUGACAAGUAGCUGCGAGCCGGCUCCGAGUGGAGCUAAGUCGGACCACAUUUACCACAACCUUACUAAUGUGGUACCAACGAGAAGCUUCGGCUGGGGCGUGGACUUCAGCGCUGCCGACAACUAUAUCGACGGAGACAUAGUCUUCAACAGCACCCCUUUCCUGCCGAUGCCGACAAGCUGCUUGGCUUAUGAUCCCCGUGUCUCUGCUCUGGUAGCAGUACCGGCCAAGUCUACCGCAAGCGGCAACGCGGUCGGGAACGAGGGAGGGACGCUUUUGCCUCUUAUGGGAAACGUUGUCAUGGCUUUUGCGAUUACCAUUGCGUUUCUGGAGGUUUCUUGA